GAUUGGAAUGUUCUAAAUGUACUCACGUGGUUAUCAAGGACGUCCCUUCAUUUCUCCAAAGCAUUGUAUUACCCAAAAGUCCUCAAUGUGCCAGCACCCCUCCGGGACAAACGGCCAAUGGCGUGAGUUUGGUUAAGUGCCCCAGUAAUCCAACGUCAGGACAGGUGUACAAGUGUGGGACCUACACCGGCACCUGCACCAUGCAAAUUGACCUAAUACUCAUCAAACCCAGUGUAAAUGCUGACAUAGUAUACCGAGACUGUGUGCUGAUGGACCCAGCAGUCCCUGCCUCAUGCGCCAUACAGAACAGGUAGAGUCUAUAACAUAAC